GCUUGCGAGGGACUGGCCGCCCUCACAGCAAGAUGUACUGGAGAGGAGACAGGGUUAUCUGAGUUAAGCUGGUCGGCAUGCUGCGGAGUGGGCUGGAGGAGUGAAUUUUAGUUUCUUUUACGGGGAAGAGCGAAUGUCACAGGCGGAUAUCGUUGGGAAAUGAGUAACAGGAUGGAGGGUUCGGCGGGACAAGGUGGCCGGGCGAAUGGACCCGUCGCAGCGCCCAGCACCCCGGUGAGCUCCUCCAUAGGCCCACCUCUGUCACCAGAAGAGCUGGAAGAAGAUCCACAGUCGUCUCUGACAGAUGUCACCCAGAUGUGGAUUAAAUUUGGCAAGACUUUCGCCAUCAUCUUCCCGAUCUACGUCUUGGGGUACUUUGAGUUCAGCUUUAGUUGGGUUCUGAUUGGACUGGCCAUGUUGUUUUAUUGGAGGAAAAACCAUGGCAAUAAAGACUACAGGAUAAACCGUGCCUUAGCAUUCCUGGACCAUGAGGAGAGAGCAGUAAAGCAACAUGUGCCCACUUCUGAGCUGCCACCAUGGGUCCAUUAUCCAGAUGUGGAGAGAGUUGAGUGGCUGAAUAAGACGGUGAAGCAGAUGUGGCCCUUCAUCUGCCAAUUUGUGGACAAGCUGUUCAGAGAGACCAUCGAGCCGGCGGUGAAGGGCGCCAACCCUCAUCUCAGCACCUUCUGCUUCACCAAGAUCGACAUGGGCGACAAGCCGCUGAGAGUGAACGGGGUGAAAGUUUACACAGAGAAUGUGGACAAGCGGCAGGUCAUCAUGGACCUGCAGAUCAGCUUUGUCGGGAAUACAGCGAUUGACGUGGACAUCAAGAAAUAUUAUUGCAGAGCUGGAAUCAAAAGUAUACAGCUUCAUGGGACGAUGAGAGUGGUGAUGGAGCCUCUGCUGGGGGACAUGCCUCUGAUUGGAGCCCUGUCCGUCUUUUUCCUCAAGAAACCAUUGCUGGACAUCAAUUGGACAGGACUCACAAACAUGCUGGACAUUCCUGGUGUCAAUGGUUUGUGUGACAACAUCAUCCAGGACAUCAUUUACAGCUUCGUGGUCCUGCCCAACCGCAUCACCAUCCCUCUGGUGGGAGAGACCCAGCUGGCCCAGCUACGCUUCCCCAUGCCCAAGGGCGUCCUGAGGAUCCACUUCAUCGAGGCCCAGGACCUGCUGGGUAAAGACAAGUUCCUAGGGGGGCUCAUUAAAGGCAAGUCAGACCCGUACGGAGUCAUCCAGGUCGGGACCCAGCUCUUCCAGAGCAAAGUCAUCCACGAGACCGUCCACCCGAAAUGGAACGAAGUGUACGAGGCGUUGGUGUACGAAAACACAGGACAGAAUGUUGAGAUUGAGCUGUUUGAUGAAGACACUGACAAAGACGACUACCUGGGAAGCCUGAUGAUCGACAUGGCUGAGCUCCAGAAGGAACAGAAGGUCGAUGAGUGGUUUGUGAUGGACGACGUGGCUACAGGGAAGCUGCACCUCAAACUGGAGUGGUUGUCUCUGCUGCCCACACCUGAGAAGCUGGACCAGGCACUGAUGAGCAUCAAAGCUGAUCGCGGUCAAGCCAACGACGGCCUGUCGUCUGCGCUGCUGGUCGUCUUUCUGGAUUCAGCCAGAAACCUGCCGCGCAAUCCGUUAGAGUUCAACCAAGCGGGGCUGAAGAAGGCCUCGAUCAGUAAGGCCAUCAAGUCUGGUAAGAAAGUGACAAGCGAUCCCAGUCCGUUUGUCCAGUUCACAGUGGGACACAAGUCCUACGAGAGCAAGACCAGAUAUAAAACCAAUGAACCGGUGUGGGAGGAAGCUUUCACCUUCCUCAUCCACAACCCCAAAAGCCAAGAGUUGGAGGUUGAGGUGAAAGAUGAGAAACACGAGUGUUCGUUGGGGACGUUAACGCUGCCUCUGAGUCACCUGCUGGAGGCCGAGGACAUGACGCUGAACCAGCGCUUCCCCCUGAAGAACUCUGGACCGAGCUGCACCCUCAAAAUGAAGAUGGCUCUGCGGGUGCUGUGUUUGGAUAAGACCACUUCCUCAUCCUCAGACUCCACCCCGUCCUCCGUGCAGGUCCGCAAAAACAGCUCUGCCAGCCAAACCCCUCGGCCCUCCGUCUCCUCUGACUCCCCUGCGCCUACUUCCUCCACCUCCGACAUCCCGCGCUCUUCCUCUGUGUCGGCCCAGGACCUGCUGAACCGCCAGAGGGAGGCCGACGACCCCUUUAGGUCUCCGGGGAGGUCAGACUUGGGGCAGGGGGGAGGAAGAGGAGGAGGUCUGGCUGAGACAGGGAGGAGCACCUCCAACCUGGCCAUCUCUGGUUCCCAGCAGUACCUGGCUGGAGGCAAAGAACCGACGCCCAGCAUCGCCUCGGACAUCUCCAACCCCUACGCUGCUCAGGAGCUGCAGCAGAGACUCCAGCAACUGCAAAAUGGUUCAGGCCCGAGUCAUUUCCCGCUGGGUGAGGUCCAGCUGACCGUCAGACACAGCUCCCAGAGGAACAAACUCAUCGUGGUCGUUCACGGCUGCAGGAAUCUGAUAGCGUUCACUGACCACGGCUCAGAUCCGUAUGUCCGCCUCUACCUGCUCCCUGACAAACGGCGGUCAGGCAGGAGGAAAACUCACACGUUCAAGAAAACCCUCAACCCAGUUUACGAUCAGACGUUUGAGUUCAGUGUUUCCCUCGUGGAGCUCCACAGGCGGACUCUGGAUGUCGCAGUGAAGAACGGUGGAGGUCUGCUCUCCAAACACAAAGGCCUUCUGGGAAAGGUUCUGGUGGAUUUGACCCAUGAGGACAUCAGUAAGGGUUGGACACAAUGGUAUGAGCUGAGUGAAGAUGGCAUGACGAAGCCUCACCAACUCUAGACGGCAACCACAGGAACCAUCAUCAUCAUCAUCAUCAUUAUCAUCACUACCAUCAUAACUCUGCACCUCCUUUUAUUUUCCUCAUGACUUGUAAGUGUACAAAAGGAAACAGAAAAGCAGCUUUUGACAUUCAUUUAAUCACAUCAGUCGCAAGGCAAACCUCCCCUUUAAGAAGUGAAAGGCUGAUAGACUAAAGGGAGUAUACAACAAGCAGAAUACUAUAUAUGACAUAAUGUACUGCUGUGGAAGUCUAUAUUCCAUAUUUAUAGGAGAAACUAUAACAGAUGUAGAGGAAGACAAUCUAUUUUUUUGCAGUUUCCUGCCUGGAGUUUUACUUAAGAAAGAGCAAUGUACAAGUUUGUAAAUAUAAACAAUGAUGCUGGACAAAACAGACGGCAUAUUCUAGAGAUAAGAGAGAGGCGUGGUCUCUUAUUUGGCCAAAUGAUUGUUUGUAAUUUUAUUUGAUUGAAUUUUUUUUAAAGUGAAAAACAUUCUGGACAAAGUUUCUGAAGCGGAGCAGGCGGGCGGUCGCAGGGAAAGACGCCACCAAAGAGACGAGAAGUAUUUCAUUUUUCGCCCUUGUGCGUUUUUGGUCACGCAGCUUUACCUUGGCUUUAUUCCACUGUAAAAAAUAUGUGUAUUAACCAAUUGAAAAGAACACUAAUUAGAAAAAUAUUGUGUCAAACGUGAUACAAUUACGAGUUUGUUUAGUUCUUUUCCUUCUGUUAAUACACCUGCGGUUCCACUGAAAUAAGGCCAUUGUUAAGAGUGACCUGUUUUUUUUUAAACUGAAUAUUUGCACAUCUCUAUGUUUGGGGAUCAUUUUGACUUUCUAAAUUCCUCUAGGAGAAGAAAAAGUCUGUUUUAGCAAGUAGUUCUUAUUUUAAGUUUAAAUAUUUAUGAUUUAAAAAUAAAGUAUCAAGUCUUCUAAAGGAAAAGUUUGACAUUUUGGCUUUCACCAUAUUACAGAGACUUAGACGAGAAGAUGACAGCUUCAUGUGUGUUAGUUAAAUAUGAAGCCACAGGCAGGAGAUGGUUAGCUUAGCUUAGCAUAAAGACUUGAAACAGGAGGAAACAUCUGGCCUGGAGGUAACGCAGCCUGCCAUUCAGCACCUCUAAAACUCACUGACUUAUGAGAUAUAUCUUGUUAGUUUAAUUUGUACAAAAAAAGUGGUUCAACAUAUUGUUAGUGAGAUUUAGAUGUGUUUGUUGGUGGAUUUUACCUUCAGAGUAAAGCUAGCUGUUUGCCUCAGUCUUUAUGCUAUGCUAAGCUAGCCUGUUGCUGCUGACUUGAGAGUGCUAUUGAUCUACUUAUCUUAUUUAAACUACUUUGAAAGAAAAGAAAAAUAAUUGUAUCUGCCAAAAUGUGGAACUAGUCCUUUAAGGUAAAUAAUGCAUCAAAACUAACUGUAUUUAAAAUGACGUGAUUCAGUUUUCACCCACAUUUUCUUAAUUUUGAAGCCACUAAUUCUCUCCUGGUGCCAUCCAGUGGUGAUAUUUGGAAAAUGCUUUUAUUUUUAAUUUACCCUUUUACCCUUGAAAUGUAAACCUUAUUCAUGUUCACUUUUUUUGUUAAAAAAAAAAAAGUUUAUGAUGUAUUUUCCACUUUAAUAGUCAUGCUAUACCCACUGUUGUUUUUCAGUAAUCUGGCUUGAUCAAGGUUAAGCUACCAUCAAGAAAAACGUAUCACUUGCUGGCAAAUUUUUCACAUUAAAAGUCUUCCAGCUUUCCCUUUUUGGUAAUCUUGUAAGAAAAAAAAUAACGUGAAUGAAUACAGUGAGUUAGGACAGGAUUCAUGAUAAUAAGAGAAACUAGUGCUGUGGUAAUUUAAAUUAUAAUGCUGACUUCACCAUUAUUUUAAUCCUGGCUUUAUUUGGAUGACCAUUAUUUACCACUAUUAUAGGAGCUUUAACAGUUAACACACCUACACAAACACUGAGAUGAUUUAUCUGAGUGCAUCACAAAGUCUGCCCCAAUUUUCACCAGUGUGAUUUCUUCCAACACAAACUUCCUAAUUUGAAAGCUUCUUUAAUCACAGAAAAUAUCACACAAAUAGUGGCUUUAAAAGUGAGAAAACUAGAUGAUUACAAAAACGGGUUUCAGCGGGCGCUCACUGCAGGGUGCUUGUCGCCGUUUCAGUGAUCCCAUACGAUUAAUUCCCCUACAAUCAUUCUCAGUUGUUCACUUUUUCUUGAUCUAUUUUUUAAUUCAACAAUAGUCUUAACUUGUCAUAAUGUGUCAUUUUCAACACGUGUCUAAUCUGAAAAAAAAAAAACUAUGCAUAGUCUAAAGCGAGACAUACUAGUGCUGAAAAUGACAUUUACCUGUUUUGUUUUGUGUACAUAAUCUUUGUUUUUCACGUACAUCAUAUUAAACACUGCUUUGACUUAACAGCACUUGCUUGGAAGGGAUUUAUAUCAAUAAUAAAUGCUAUCAAAUACAUCAAAUAAAUGCAUAUGUGGCCCUUCAAAGCCAAAGAGCAGCGAUCUUGUGUUGAAACAGAGGAGGCAAAUGUGACCUUUGACCUUCAAAAAAACACAAAUGUAGACUUUUGCCUUGUUGUGUUCACAUCAACAAAAGUAUUUUACACAUAUGUAAUUGUGCUGUUCUGCGUUUUCUGUCUUUUAAUGUUUUUUUUAUUUGUGUUUCGCAGCUGUUGCCCUCUGUCUCGGUCUGUGUUUUAUUUUGUAAGAAUCAAAACGUUUGUGUGGAUUUGAGAGCUAUGCCUCAGUGGUGGGCGUUGUCCUCAGAAAGGCGGUUUAUUUUCUCCGUCUUCUUAAUUUAUCAUGUGCCUUAAAACUUCACACGACCCGGUGAUAUUUACAUGUGUAAAAAGAACCAACAAAAUGCUUCAACAGUUUAUCAUGUUUCAGAAUGUCUCCUAUAUGUCUUUUAAAAGAAAUAAAGAGCUUUAGCUGGUGAUAGCAGCAUGAAGCCGUACUGCA